AAAGAUCAACAAUCUAUAUAAAUAAAUGCAUAUAUAUAUCCCCAACUCUAAGCAUUAGGGGGGAAAAAUAUAAUGACAUUUUUUGUAAUAUUGUCUUCAUUUGUCACUUGGACAAAGAUGUCUGCAGGAAAGGCAGACAGCCACGCCGCCAGGGGGCGCUCGCGAGCUGAGACGUGCUGGUGGCUGCGCUGCUCGGCGCCAAACGGUUAGCUUCAGGUUAGCUUAAAUGCUACAAUUGAUUGAGAAACGCGUCGCAGCAGAACAAUGUAAAGAAAAGUAGUUGUUUUUCUAAAGUACAGGGAUUUUCGUGGAGGAGGAGGAGCUUUAUUAACAAAUACAGACGUGAGAAGACGGUUUGAAUCCCAGAAGCAGCCGGCUGGUCGCAGACCCCCCUGCAGCCUCCCAGCAGGACGUCGUCCGACUGACGGACUGUCCAAUGUGCAGCAAACACGAGCGGCUCCAUCACUGCAAGAACUCCAAAGACGACAGCAGCCAAUCAGAGAGCGGCAGCGCCGGUUCAUAGAGCCCCGCGCGGAGGCUGGCCCCCAAAGUCCGGAUGGGAUCAGCUGAGGUCCUGAGGGCCGAUUAAACCUCGCGCGGAACCGUGCGCGCGCGGAUGUCCUUCACCCCAACCGACAGACCCGCUCCCCGCUCUGCUGCACCUCUACAGGCAGAAGCGGCGCCUGAAGCCGUCAUGCCCGAAAACGGCGGCAGCGAGCUGGAGAUCGACGUGGAGAGUCUGGAGACGGAGAGCGACGAGCCGGCGGAGCCCUGCGGCCGGCCCGAGGGCCCCGGGGGGCCCGCGGACGACGGCAAGCCCGGCCCCGGCGGCGACCAGCGGAAGCUGAGCCGCACGCCCAAGUGCGCCCGCUGCCGCAACCACGGCGUGGUGUCCUGCCUGAAGGGCCACAAGCGCUUCUGCCGCUGGCGGGACUGCCAGUGCGCCAACUGCCUGCUGGUGGUGGAGCGGCAGCGGGUGAUGGCGGCGCAGGUGGCGCUGAGGAGGCAGCAGGCCACGGAGGAUAAGAAGGGGAUUUCUGGGAAAGAGAUUCCAGCGGAGAGGAGGAUCUAUCAGCGGCACGUUCGCCCGUCCUCCAUGCUGGCCAAAAGCAUCCUGGAAGGAUAUCGUCCCGACCCGUUUUUGGCCGCCAGCCCGUCCCUGCCCCCUCCCCUGAGCGACCGCAUGAGGAAGCGGCGGGCCUUCGCCGAUAAGGAGCUGGAGAACAUUAUGCUGGAGCGCGAGUACAAAGAGCGGGAGCUGCUGGAGAACAACGCGGCGCCGCCGGGCCCGCUGCUGUUUCCCAGCGGCAUGGUCCACCACGCCGCUGAGUACAACUCCUACAAGUCGGCGUACUCCCCGGCAGCUCCGGUGGAGCCGCAGCCCAAAGAGCUGUGCGGUUUCCUGGGUCCAAACUGCCUGGAUUUCUCCAUGCAGUACCCUGCCGGCUCAGCCAACGUGGAGCUCAUCUCCUCCAACGUCAACGUCACCACGUACCGCCACUACCCGCUGCAGCCGCCACGCGGCAGCUUCAUGAUGUGGCCCCGCGGGGCGGCCAACCUGGGCGACGCUCUGCUGUACCAGCAGUGUCUGUUCAACGCCACGGCGGUGCAGAACAUGAAGCCCGGCGCCGUGUGGGAACCUAAACAGAUGCCGGCUGAGAGCCAGGCGCCGGAGCAGGAGCUUACCGCCAAGCUGGAAGGGUCCAGAGUCGCUGCCCUACAGGACUCAGUCGAUCCUCAGCAGGCUGACCCCAAACCGCCCGGUGUACCCCCGGUGGGGCAAAAGGAGUCGGCGUUCUCUCCUCUGAAGAGGAGCGUCGGACAGUCAUUCCUCAGCAGCCUCCAUUCCCAGAACGCCGGCGCCGUCCGAAACAAGGCCAGCAAAGACGGGCCGAGGCUUUCUGUCAAACUCAACUCCUUUCACUCCCUCAUCCAGAACUCGCUGAGCGAGAAGAGCGACGGGGGGGCCGGGCCGGGGCGCCGAACACCCUUCUGCAAGGAGCUGCUGGAGGAGGCGGCCCGCAAGUUCAGGGAGGGCGCCGGCAAGGACGCCAAAUCCUCCGAGCGCUACGGCAAAGACUUCCUCAGCAAGCCUGUUGGGAUCAAGGCGGCGCCCGGCGAGGGGCUCUCGUUUUCCGUAGAAGCCAUUCUAAAGCGGCCCCCCUCUAUGAGCCGAACUUUCUACUGACCCCCCCCCCCUUCUUGCACUAAAGCGUCAGGUUCUCAUCCGGUUCUGGCUCAUAAAAACACAGGCACUGGGUCAGAACAAAUCCGUCCGAAAAUGUCUCCUCGUGUAAAAUGAAUGUACAGUGGCUCAUGUUUCCGUGUGCAUGUUUAUUAAUGUUAUUGUUUAGAGUAUUUAAACAUUAUUCCAACCUGUCAAUAAACUUUAAAAGAACAGAACUUUA